UUGAAAGGCAUUGGUCGUGGCAGAGCCCGCAAGUUAAGUCGUUUUCCAGCGGCCAGAGUGUGCUCGGGCUCCAGCAACCCUCCCCCAUCCCCGCAAGGAUGGCUCAGAAGGAGAACGCCUACCACUGGCCCCUAGGCCAGCAGACGUCUCACUCUGGCCUGAAUACCCUGCCCCAGAGAGUCCUCCGGAAGGAAACUACCACCUCAUCUGCACUUGUCCUCAUGAACCGCUCCAAUGCCCGACCCACAGCUGCCCAAGGCCAGAAGGUGGAGGAGAACAACAGUGGGACAUCCAACUUGAUUAAACGCAACUUCACAAUUGACAACUUUGAGAUUGGGCGUCCCCUGGGCAAAGGCAAGUUUGGAAAUGUUUACUUGGCUCGAGAGAAGAAAAGCAAGUUCAUCGUGGCGCUCAAAGUCCUCUUCAAGUCUCAAAUAGAGAAGGAGGGCGUGGAGCACCAGCUACGCAGGGAGAUCGAGAUCCAGGCCCAUCUGCAGCAUCCCAACAUCUUGCGGCUCUACAACUAUUUCUAUGACCGCCGAAGGAUUUACUUGAUCCUGGAGUAUGCGCCCCGGGGGGAGCUCUACAAGGAACUACAGAAGAGCCGCACUUUUGAUGAGCAACGAACAGCUACGAUCAUGGAGGAGCUGGCAGAUGCUUUGAUAUACUGCCAUGGGAAGAGGGUGAUCCAUAGAGACAUAAAGCCAGAGAAUUUGCUCUUGGGGCUCCAAGGAGAGCUAAAGAUCGCUGACUUUGGAUGGUCUGUGCACGCUCCUUCCCUGAGGAGGAAGACCAUGUGUGGCACCCUGGAUUACCUUCCCCCGGAGAUGAUUGAGGGGCGCACACACAACGAGAAGGUGGAUCUUUGGUGCAUCGGAGUCCUCUGCUAUGAACUGCUGGUGGGAAACCCGCCCUUCGAGAGUGCUUCACACAACGAGACAUACCGACGUAUCGUCAAGGUGGACUUGAAGUUCCCUGCUUCAGUGCCUGUGGGAGCCCAGGACCUCAUCUCCAAGCUUCUGAAACACAACCCUUCCGAACGGCUGCCGUUGGCCCAGGUCGCAGCCCACCCCUGGGUCAGAGCCCACUCUCGGAGGGUGCUGCCUCCCUCUGCCCUUCAUUCUGCUCCCUGAAUUGUCCCCGUCUGUACUCAGUUGUCCCCAUGUUUGUUCAUGUAUGUGUGUUGCAAAGAGGGGUCCCUGACCUCUUCCUAUUUCUAUCUUCUACCUCCUUUUUAUUUAAUAAAAAUUCAAGCUUUUUUAUUGCCGAGUACAGGAAACUUUGCUAUGGAGUGAAUGCCCCUCUGAAGGAGGGAAGCUGUACUAUCACUGUGGCCCCCUAAGUGAAACUUGGAAAACAUUUUGCACAGAUGUGAAUUCAGAGGCCUGGCUGGCCAAUACUGGCCAAUGGAGACUGUAAUAGAAACCAUUUGACCUCUAGCCUCACUGAUCUUUAUUACAAAACUGAAACACAUACCCUCAGAUGACAGUUCUCUGCCAAUUUUUAUGUAUUUGAUAUAUGUUCUUUGUUCCUCAAUUCCUGUAAAAUUACUAGAAUACUCAUUCUAUACAUAAUCCAUAACAUCUCUCUGCUGAGUAUAAAACCA